ACUAGGUGCAAAAAUCCUUCCUCGGGGAAUGAUAUGGUUGUUUCCGAUUGUCUGUCAUCCACUCAACAAUAUGGAAAGACAUGCUCGUUUAACUGUGCCCCUGGUUAUUACGUUAGCGGCCCGUCGUCUGCUCGCUGCGGGAUAGGCGGAGUAUGGAGUGACGACGUUCAAACAAUCGGAUGCCACGGUUUGUAUUUUGUGUUUGUAUCCCUCCUGUUCCCUUUUUUGUUUUAAUACGAGGACUAUUCAUUGUUUAUUAAGAUUAUUAAGAAUUAUUCGUUGCUGUUAUGUUGGAUGCAUGGAUGGAUGGAUGGAUUGACGGACCGGACUGAUGGAUAGAUAAAUAGACGAUAGAUGGAUGAAUGGCUGGAUGGAUGGAUGGAUGGAUGGAUGGAUGGAUGGAUGGAUAGGAAGACAGACACAGUAGUAGGCAUCUUUCCGUGUUAGUAGACUAUGAACUCGCGCUCUGGUAAAGGUGGACUCAACAGCGUCUUCUGUGGGUUCACACUCCAGUAAUGCAGGAGUGGCAGUAUCAUUUUAAUGACUCGGCUCACGUCUCUUUUAAGACCAAAAUAAAUGAGAUAUCAUCGUCAUCUUUUCAUCAACAUCAUCGUCGUCGACAUGAACAUCAUUCAUCAUUAUUGUCAUCAUCAUUAUCUAUCAUCAUUAUGAUUAUGAUUAUCAUAAGCAGCAGAUCGUAGUUACCAUUCGUAGAGCUUGAGUGUUGACUACUAAAGGAUGUUUGUUGCUGUUACAUAGAAUGCGAAAGUGCUCUUGGUAUGGGAGAUGGAGCAAUAUCCAAUGGACAAAUUAGUGCGUCCUCACAACUGGAUGCCGACCAUGCAGCCAUCAACGGUAGAAUCACGUCAUCAACAAAAGGGUCGUGGUCAGCUUUCAAUAAUGAUGUUAGUGAGUGGCUCCAAAUAGAUCUGGGCAGUCAAGAGCACACCCUUGUAGCAAAGAUUGCUACACAGGGAGAAAAUGCUAAAAGCCAGUGGGUCAAACAUUAUACAUUACAGUACAGCAACACCGGUUUGUCCUUCUACCUUUACAAAGGUCAAGGACAAAGCGAAGGAAAGGUAGGAAAACAAAUAACAUUUAAUGAACAUCAAACGGAUAUUUCAUCAGACCUGCAUGUGUUUACUAGGGGAGCCAUAGUAUUGCAUGAUGUAAUCAGCUGUUUACCUAGUGCAAGAGCCCUACUGAUGACUCUCAUAGGCCUUAUUAUUAUGACAUUUCUAUAGUUGCAACGUUUCCGUAGUUUCCCUAAGGCAAGUCACGUAUGAAUUCGCUCUUCAAUGCUAUUUAGACUGUUUUUUGCUUCCUGUGACCAGGGGGAAGGGCUCGGAAGUCCUUCCUCUGCCACUUAGCAACCGCUCAUCCUACGGCCACCAACAUACACAAAAUAAUGUACUCGUCAUUUCCAACUUCUGGGCACAACGUGAUUGAAAAAGUGACGUAAUCGAAGGUCAUUAUAACAUCAUAUUGUUGAAUUUAUUGGCAGAAUCCAAAUUUCUCUCAAAGUGGACAUAAAGCGAAAAAUACUUAAAUAGUAAGGUCUGUGAUAAAAUCAAGGAAGCUGGCUAAUAUAACACAUAAAUGAGCUUUGACAAUAGCAGUGAUGACAUGAUGACGUCAUUCAUUACUAAAAAAGAACGGGAAGCAUCCGCCAUUUUGAAUUAUUAACAUGUAUCCCAUUUAAUGAAAAUAAAAUAUGGAAAUUCCGGGAGAAAUGAACACUGUUGAUCAUUGAACUCAGCAUCUUCUAUUUAGUCAUGUUAGUCGCUAAAAAGCCCGGAUUUUAUUUUCAACAGUUGAAUUUGUGAUCCUUUGUUAUUAUGCUAAUUUGUAGAAACUAUAGAAAUCAAAUCUUGCAUCACUUAUUCAUUUUGCCUUGAGAAUGGUGUCAUGAUGAUACCGAAACGUCGGCUUUUAACGUUAAUAUUCGCUUGAAAUAAAUUCGGUAAAAUAAUUCUAAAUUAUGUGUUAUAAAAUAAUUCAAUCAGUAAAAACAGAAAUAAACCUUUUUUAGAGAAAAUUCAAAUUUUAAAAAACAUGGCUCUUAAAACUCUGUUGCCAUGGUAACAUCAAUGUCAACGUUGACGGGCACGUAGAGACUACUUUAAAAUGUUCUAAGAUUAAGUUUAGGAAAAGUCGCUAAGUUUGGUUGGCCUAGCUUGAACGGAUUUGUAGUUAUGCAUCGUAGCGAGGGAGGGGAGGGGGGGUCAAAAGGCUCCCCUCCACUGUCUGAAUAGAGUUAAGGGAUCUUAAUGUUAACUUUGUAAAGUAAGUCAAUACCUUUAGGGACGCAAAUGAAUUAGCGCUCUUGGCUUUUUUUCAGGUGUUCGAUGGCAACACAGACCCUGAUACCAUUGUUUCUCAUAACCUAAAUCCACCCAUUAGAGCACGGUACAUUCGUUUCCUACCAACAGCUUGGCAUAAACACAUAUCUAUGAGGGUAGAGCUAUAUGGCUGUAAAGGUAAUGAAUGAUUAUGCGUUAAAUACCAUUCCAAAUAACUUUGCAGACAAGCCAAGGGGUGGGUGUUUUCUCCGUUUGUUUACCUACAAGAUGAUUAUGAAAUAGAGUACCAGUAUAGUAGAGGAGCAUUUUAUCCUAUUUUAUGGUUGACGCGCUGAUGAUGUCAUGGCCGUUUGUCCUUAUCUCGUGAUCCUUUUUAAGAUCAGGUCAUAACGUCAUUUGAAGGUGGUUCAAACCGUUGGACAGCUUUUCUAGUUAUUUAUCAUGCUUUUUGAAUUGUUGACUGAAAAACAAAGAAAGGUAUUCACUUAAUGAUUCAUGAUUCAAACCAAUAGAAAUGCGGAAAAGCAAAAAAAGGAAGGGGAAAAAUAAAAAUUGUUUUUAUUAUAAUUAUUAUUGUUAUGUUAUUAGAUAUGUACGAUUUGGCAGUAAGAAUCACACUGGAAUCAGUGAACGUGACCUGGACAAUGAAAGUGGCAGGAAAUAGAACUUUCGUAAUUACGUUAAGGCUUAGCCUGUGCUGGCUAGCUAAGACUCAAUAAUUUUUUUUUGGCCACAAUCGAGUUAGCGCUUAUUCCUUCGACAACAUGAAUUAUCUAAUUAUGGAAUUGUUAUCAUGUGGGAAUCAAAUAAGGUUGUUCGUCCGACUCACUGAACUUGGCAUUUUUUAUUGUCGAAAUCUCGUUCUUUAAUGCAUAAAGUGUACUCACACCCUAAAGUAGAAAAGCUGCACCAUGUCUGGUCGACUGUUGUGUUUUUGUAGCCCAGCUAUAUAAUUUAUUGCUAACAUUUAAAAACUCUUCGCAAAUUAUUACAAUCCAUGACUUGUAAUUUGCUAAAGAUCGUAUUCUACCGUGUCAAUACAUAAAUCAUCAAUGUGAUCCAUUAGAUUGUUGAACCUCAGUACUACCCAAGAAAAUUCAUUAAAUACAUUAUUUAAAAGAAUAACAUUAACUACGUUUGGUGACCAACUUCAGCUUUAAAUCGAUAAAUCAAUCAUUAAAUCAAUAAUCUUUAACUAAAAGAAACUUACUUUCUCAAUCAUUAAAUCAAUAAUGUUUAACCAAAAAAAAUUACUUUCUCAAUCUAAAGAAUAGUCUGCUACACAGCCGUUUUUAGUGUCGUCACGGAAUGCUCCUCCCCACAAUCCCCACAGUGGGGAGGAGCGUUGCGUGACGACACUAAAAACGGCUGUGUAGCAGACUAUCUAAAGAAGAGAUUCAAAUUUUCAUUAGGGACACCCACAUUUGGCCAUUGGCUCCUAGAUGGAUCCGAUACAGAUGUAAGGUCAGUAGAGAAACAUAGCUUACUAAAUAAAGCCUACAUAUACAACAUUCAUAUCUAUAUAAUAUAUAUAAUUAUUAUUCAUUCAAAAUAUUUCCCCGAUUCUGAUUGGGUAAAAGCACACGCAUAAUUCACCAUAACCAGUUACUUAUGACCAAAUUUCGAAGAAUUUUGUGUUUAACGAGGAAAUGACGUCAAAAAUGUAGCGUUCUUGCAGGUUAAUGCACCGUUAACCGAGAAGACCUGGGGACGAGGAUGACUUGUUUUGGGUGUGAAAACAAAAAAUGGCGGACAUUUCACUCGUUUCAAAAGUAAGAACUAGGCGAAAUUAUAACUAAAAACAUGGCAAGAACAGCAAGAACACAACUCGAAGGGCGACAUCUACUAUUUGAAGAAUAUUUGCGGAGCUGAACAACCAUAAACGUGCAUUAAUUGUUAAUUAAGCGCGAAAAGGAAGAAUAGGACAAAUAUUGUUGUUAAUAAUUUGCUGUUUGAUGUCUUAAGAAUACCCCAUCUUUAGUACGGACAGGGCCUUAUUUAUUUGUCUUAUUUUAUGUAGGUAUGUUGGUCCGGUCAGUUACAUUGACGGCUGGUGUCCUAGCAGCAAAGCGGCAUAUUUCAGUCACAACGGCUCCUACGUCACUUUGCCAAUAGUAAACAUAACGAGUUGCGACUUCACGAUUGCCUUUUGGGUAAAAUCCUUUGGUUUAGAUGGGCCUCUAAUGGCACUUUGGUCUAUGAGUGGGAGGCUAUUGUACGCAACAAUCAAGAGCUCCCGUGUUAUCUUAUCGAUACAUAACUCUCUCGAAAAAUCAAACUUCGCAAUCAAGUAUUGGAAUCAUAUAGCUGUAACAUGUUCACAGUUUCAGAUCAAGGUCUUUGUUAAUGGUACGGAGAUACCAAUGAAAGAACAACGGAACGAGUACUUAUUCUUAUUAGCAGAUCAUCGCGAAACGGAAAAUAUAAUAGGGAAUAAUCCGUACUUACUCAAGCUACCCUUCGUAAAUGGCACAUUUGAUGGAGCGGUAAUGGACCUUCAUGUGAUUGGAAUUGCCUUGUCAGCGACCGAGAUUUCAGAUUUGAGUAAAGGUUAG